AUGACGUCGUCGCCCUCCCCUGCCGCGGCGAGUGUCGCCUCGGCGGCACCGCCAGCGAGGCGUGAGAAGAACUUUGAAGAAACGAUGAAGGAGUUCGAUACUGUGCCGCUGUUCAUGCGUCAUUUGCCGCAAGAGGAAGGCAAUACCGCGCUGGAAGCGCUCCAAUCGCUAGCCCACGAAGGCAAACCCGAUGAUGUCGCAGAAAACUUCAAGAAUCAAGGCAACGAUUAUUUCCGUGGAAAGCGAUACCGCGAGGCGCUCUCGUUUUACCACCAGGGCCUCGAUGCGAAGCCAGACGACGCCAAGUUGAAGGAAUCACUUUUCCUCAACGUCGCCGCAUGCGAAUUGGAGCUGAAAAACUACGGACGAGCCUUGCAUGCCGCUCGGAACGCCAUCCAAGUCAAUCCACGCUCGGUCAAGGCCUUAUACCGUGCAGCGCGUGGCUUCCUAGCAUUGGAUCGCGUCGACGAUGCCGAUGGAUGCUGCGAGCUUGCGUUGGAAUUGGAUCCAAGCAACGUAGAGAUUGUGCGCAUGCGCGAGCGUGUGCAGGAACGCGCGAAGCAGCUCCAAAAGCGCCAGACAGAGCGAGAGGAACGCCAACGUCGUGACACACUCGAGCAGGAAGCGCUUAAAGUCGCCUUCGUGGCUCGUGGACUUUGGCUCGAGACCAGCGACGAUCCACCAGACAAUCCGACACCCGCGCACUUUGAUCCACAGGAGCGUCCCUCGUACGCCCGGUCUGAUAUCCCUUUGAUCGGCGCCCCUGAGCCUUGGCGUGCCCCGGAUCCCAUUCGCACGCCUGUGAUUUUCCCUGUGAUGUUUUUGUACCCGCAGCACAAUACGUCCGACCUCGUGUCUGAGUACCAAGAAGAUACGCCCGUCGGCAUGCAUCUUGAUGUCAUGUUCCCACCGGAAGCCCGCGGGUCACUGCCAUGGGAUCCGAAGGGCGAAUACGUAUCGAGCAACUUGUCGGUGAUUGCCAAAACCCACAAAGGUCGACUGUUGCGUGUGGGCCAUAAACUAUCGCUACGUGCGCUAUUGGACCAAGGUGCCAAAGACAGCGAGACAGGCGACCCUCAAGAUCGAGAUGGGAUUGUACUGCGUGAUGGCAUCAUCGAUCUCGUGGUCUUGCCCAAAGGCUCGGCGGCCGAAGCGACGUGGAUCGCCGAGAACAAGGUCCGUGCCUCUUCAUAG